UGAACCGUACGUGUGUUAUGGCUCUCAGGCCUCAGAGGACUUUCAGGCGGCGUCAGGUCGAGUCCAGCGACAGCGACAGCGACGGCCAAGAGGAGAGGCCUGCAGAGGAGCCGGGAGAGCCAGGCCGGCCAUCUGCGGGUGGAAGAGCAGAGGGAGUAGAACCGCUGCGGAGGGCCCGUGGCGCCCGGGGCCGAGGUCGGGUGUGGGCGAGCUCCAGGCGCAGCCCCGGAACUGCUUCCCGCGGCGCAGGUGUCCUCUUAGAAUCCAAAACAGUCGACCUCUCAGCGGAUGAAGGGGAAGGAGCACAUCCCUCAUCGGAAAGUGAGGAGGGUUCAGCGGAUGAAGGGGAAGGAGCACAUCCCUCGUCGGAAAGUGAGGAGGGUUCAGCGGGUGAAGGGGAAGGAGCACAUCCCUCGUCGGAAAGUGAGGGUGAUCAGAGUCCAUCCUCUAACCGCUCUAGUUCUCUGAAAGAGAAAGAAGUUUCACCCACAGUUAAGAUCCCUGAUGCAGCUUUUAUUCGGGAAGCCCGCAGAAAACGUGAGUUGGCCAGGACCCCAGGUGACUAUAUUUCACUGGACAUAAACCAUCCCUCCACCAUUUCUGACCGGAAGAAGAGCAGUGAGUACGACCCGGAGAGUGAUCCUGAUGACGAUGAAAAGAGAAUACUGUUUACCCCAAAGCCUCAAACACUCAGACAAAGAAUGGCUGAAGAAACGUCAGUCAGAAAUGAAGAGGCAAGCGAAGAGAAAGAGAGUCCGGAAGAUGUAAAUCAGGACAUUUGGGAACAACAGCAGAUGAGGAAAGCAGUCAAGAUCAUACAGGGACAGAACAUAGACCUUUCCUACAACAGUGGGUCUCAGACACUGAAGAAGUUUGAUACUUCCGUUUCAUUUCCACCAGUAAAUUUGGAAAUUAUAAAGAAACAAUUAAAUAAUAGAUUAACAUUACUACAGGAUACUUAUCGCUCGCACCAGAGAGAAUAUGAAAAAUAUGAACAAGACAUCAAGAGUUCAAAGACUGCAAUCCAGAACCUGGAGAAUGCACCUGAUCAAAAUCUAAACUACAAAUUCUACAAAGGCAUGAAAAUUUAUGUGGAAAAUAUAAUUGAUUGUCUAAAUGAAAAGAUUAUCAGCAUUGAGGAACUAGAAUCAUCCACGCGCACGCUGCUUUUAAAACGAUCAGAAGCACUUUUGAAACGCAGGCAAGAUGAGCUAAAAUGGGAAUCAUCCUAUCUGCAACAGUUAUCACGCAAAGCUGAGACAUCGGCAAAUGGAAGCUUGGCCCUAGAUGACAAGGAUCAGCGAAUUCUGGAAGAGAUUGAAGCACGAAGGAUGCAAAGAAGACAAGCAAGGGUGCUCGCUGGCAACUGUGACCAUCAGGAAGGGACUUCUAGUGACGAUGAGCUGUCUCCUGCAGAGAUGACCAACUUCCAAAAACGCCAAGGUGACAUUUUACAAGAUUGUAAGAAAGUUUUUGAAGAUGUGCAUGAUGAUUUUUGUAACGUCCAGAAUAUUUUAUUGAAAUUUCAGCAGUGGCGAGAAAAGUUUCCUGAUUCCUACUACGAAGCCUUCGUUGGUUUCUGCUUACCAAAGCUUUUAAGUCCCCUGAUACGAGUUCAGUUGCUUGAUUGGAAUCCUCUUAAGUUGGACUCCAUAGGUCUAAACCAGAUGCCCUGGUUCACAUCCAUAACAGAGUUUAUGGAUGGCAGCAUGGACGAUGCAAAGAAGGAAGAUGAGUCGGAUAAAAAAAUUCUGUCUGCUGUCAUCAACAAAACAGUUGUUCCUCACCUUACAGAUUUUGUAGAGUUCAUUUGGGAUCCCCUGUCAACCUCACAGACAAGAAGUUUAACAGUGCACUGCAGACUGGUGUUUGAACAUUCCGCUUCUGAAAAUGAAGUUAGUAAAAGCAAACAGGAUUUACUUAAAUCUGUUGCUGAAAGAAUUAAGAAGUCAAUAGAAGAUGAUGUUUUUAUUCCUCUAUAUCCUAAGAGUUCUGAAGAAGGAAAGAUGUCACCACAUUCAAAGUUUCAAGAAAGGCAGUUCUGGGGGGCUCUAAAGCUCUUCCGCAAUAUUCUUCUUUGGAAUGGACUUCUCCCAGAUGACACCUUGCAAGAUCUAGGACUAGGGAAGCUGCUGAAUCGCUGUCUUAUUAUUGCUCUUACUCAUGCCUUCCCUGGACCAGAUGCUGUUAAAAAGUGCAGCCAGAUAGCAGCCUGUCUACCAGAGAAAUGGUUUGAGAACUCUGCUAUGAGGACAUCAAUUCCCCAACUAGAAAACUUCAUUCAGUUUUUGUUGCGGUCUGCACGUAAAUUAUCCACAAGUGAAUUCAGGAAUGAAGUCAAUGAAAUAAUUCUCAUCCUGAUGAAGGUAAAAGCUUUGAGUCAAGCCGAAUCCCUUAUAGAGGAAUAUCACCUGGAACCCCCCACACCCCCAGUUACAGGCGUUUGAGUGCACUGUGGGAGGUGAGAGUCAUUGAUGAGAGUGCUCAGUUCCACUCCUGUGCACAGUGCCUCUUCAUCCUCUGCCCGCCGCAGUGUCCUGGAGGCCGUCCUUCCUGGCGCUGUGUGACCAAGGGCGCUACCUGCACAGCAGCAGCUGUUCUUCCUCAGGCUGAGGAGUUGGAAGAAAUCGGGUACACAGAAGCAUGUCCAGAGUUAAACCCAUUGUCAGCUUUGGCAUCCCUUUUUUUGGGGGGUGGGGGGGUGGGGUUCGAGACA